UGCAUGAACUUGAAGUCCUCUUCGGCUUUCCGCUCGGAGCGCAGCUUCCACCGGAGCUCGUCGCCAUCUCCCGGACGCCCCAUGGAGCUUUUUGGGACCUUUGUGCGGCCGCGCACGGAGCCGAUGGGUUUCCCAGCUCGGCCCGGCAACGCGGGCAACGUGAAGACCCUGGGCAACACCUACCAGUUCACGGUGGACGUCAGCGACUUCGCCCCCGAGGACAUCAUCGUCACCACCUCCAACAACCACAUUGAGGUGCACGCGGAAGCUGUAAAACCCCUGGGCCACAGGCCCACCUGCAAGGUCACCAAAUCCCUUUCUCCUCCGCUCGCCCACCUGCGCCCAGCAACCCUGGGCAUUUUUGGGGAGCCCUGA